GGACGGCCUCCUCGCGCUCAACGCGGCCGGCUGUGCACGCCAGGUUCGACCCUUGGUCGUGCUUGCAAGGGUGCGGAAGGGCGGCGGACGCCAAACGGUUGCACGCUGCGCAGCUUUCAGCGGCAACGAAGGGCUGCCCAGACCCAGCGGCACUCUCUAGGGGCAGCCCCCGCAGCGCCGCGCGCGCCGGUCCCGCAGCAGUAGUUACUAGGAACGGCCCGCCGCCGGCGGCGCGGCGGCCACUCGCAACACCAUGAACAUCGAACCCAUGCCCGCGGAGACGGUCCGCGCGGCCGAGAGGUCGUGCAAAGGAGCGGACGGCAAGGCGUUGUGCGACGCGGCGAACUCCUUACUGCAGUGCAAGGAUACACCUGUGCAAGCGGGUGUGGAGACGGUCAACGGCGCGCCGGUCCUGAACCGGAUCCUGAAAAAAUUGCAAGAGGACCCGUACCGCUGUCUGGGCGUCGCGAAGACGUGUGAUUCGUCAGAAGUUAAAAAAGCUUAUAGGAAGCUCGCCUUGCAGUACCAUCCCGAUAAAAAUGCGGAUCGGACGACCGCCUUGUUCACGGAGAUCCAGCGGGCCUAUACUCUGUUGAGCGACGACAAGAAACGGAAAUCUUAUGACCUGCGACGAGCACGGAAGGAGGCGCAGAACGAGAAACUGCGGAAGCGCAAGGCCGACGAGGAAAAGCUCAAAAGGGAGGGGAGUCCGUCCAUGGGCAUGCGCCGGCCACCCUCGACCAAUUCGUUCCACAUGCCGCCCCAAACGGAAGAGGAGAAGACGCAGCGCGACUUCAAUCGGAAAUUCUAUUCCGAGUAUAAACAGCACAUGAAGCCGGCGCCGUCCACUGGGGCUGGCACGUCGCGGCCACCACCUCCGUCGGGAGCGCCUCCCUCAGAGGGUGUAUCAGCGCACGCUAGGGGUUCUGCUGGGGCUUCGACGUCGAAGAAUGGAGCGGCGCCGCCACCGCCAAAACCAACCCAUCUAAGGGUGGCGAACAAGACUGAUUCUACAGUUACGCUCGAGUGGCGCGCGGGCGAGCUGCGGGGCGCCGCCGUCUCCAAGGCCUACGAAUUGCAGUGGCGCAAGCGCCAGGGCAAGGACCAGGGCUGGCAGUCCGCGUCUCAACUCAUACUGCAUACUACCUGUCGGAAACGAAACCUGGACAAACAGACUCGAUACGAGUUCCGGGUGCGUGCUGCCAGUGUGGCAGGAUGGUCGCCCCACUCCGACGUGUGUGAUGUUACGACGUUGAACGGGCCCGGCGCACCUGCACCUAAACCACCAUCAGACUUACCGAGCAUAAACCCCACGGACUGGACUUGUAGCGUGUGCAAGCGGCCGAACCCCGCGAGACAGUCGAAGUGCGGGGUCUGCGGCACGAAGAAGGGGUAUGAUGGGCCUUCUUCGCAGAAACAACCAUCACCACUACGAGGGGAUGAUGAAAGUGUCAGUUCAAAAGCCUCGAGAGCAUCACGAGCAAGGUCGAAGAAGGGCGCUACUUCGGAUGACGACGACGACUGGGGUCUAGGGGACGGCGAAGAGACGUGGGCCUUCACGGACAAGGACGUGCCUGCUCGUAAAGUGCCAAAUAACCCGGUGUUUGACUACGGCGAUCGGCCACCGAGGCAACCCUUGCCGAACAAGCCGAAGCCUACUUAUUGGCUCAAUACGGCGGCGACAUGUCUGCACAAUGUGAGACAAGAACCGGUCAAGGGUUCAGCGAUUGUUGGGCACUUGGUGCAAGAUACGGAGAUUGAGGUGAUAGCCGAAGCCGGGAACUGGAUCAAGUGUAGGUAUCACCGAGCGUACAAGCCUGCCCAAGGGCAACCGCAACCGCCGAAGCCGCCGAACCGCGAGGGCUGGUGUUUAAGGUGGGGAGACGAAGGGACGCAGUACGUCGUCGACGACGGCCACGCGUACCCGAAGCAACCCGACGCGCCGGACGAGGAGGAGGUCAUCUACGAGCUGCGGGAUGACGACGACCGGUUGUACUACUUCAACAGCUAUACCGGUGUCAGCAUGUGGGAACCGCUUGAGUGGACGGAUAGCGUCGAUCCCGCGUCGGGUGCGGUGUAUUAUACUCACUCUGUAACAGGAGAAACGCAGUGGGAGCGGCCGUUUGACUUCGUGCCGAUUGUGCGGGAGGAAUUGUAUACGACGCCGCAAGCCCGCUUCAUCAAGUCGAUCUUGAGUCCCAAAAGAAGUCAUGCCAAUAUGAACCAUGUGAUGUCUGGUGGGGUCUCUCUGCCGAACGUCGGGCCGCCGCGCGCGGCCUAACUUAUCUACUAGUAGUA